UUUGUGCACCGCCCUAAAAUGUGCUAGUCUUUAUUUAUUUGUGUUUAGUUUGCUUAUUAUACCUUACAACAUCACAGCUGUUACAAUUACUGUUAUUAUUUGCAAUAUAAAUAUCAACCUAAAAUUAAUCAUUUUAAAACUUACGUAAUUACAAAAUUAACAAGUUAUGCUUAUCAAGAUGAGACGCCAGCUGUAGCAGGUGUGUUUUAUCGAAUUAAUUGCAAAAAGUUUGAUCAAUAAAUCACCAUGAAUCAAGUUACUCUGCAGAGUAAGCUGAGUUCAAUAAGUGAUGCAGGCAUCAAAGUUAUUGACUCAUUUACUGAAUCAAUAGCGGAAGCAUUAUAUAAAGACAAGCUGCUGUUGAUUUAUUUUCAUGACCCAGCCUCAAGCAAUAACAAUUUUGUAAAAGUAUUACUUAAUAAUGACAUCAACAGCUUGUUCAAUCUGGAUUUUGUCAUCCACAUAUCAAAUGCACAACAUAUGGAACAAGAGUUCACAAAGUAUUUUAAAGAUACACCUGAUAAUAUGGCUAACAAGUUGAUGACAAUUGGAGUGAGGUCACUCGACAAAGUUGAGCAUGUAUCAACCAUUGAUGUACUUAACACAGAUCAGGAAGUCAUAUUAUAUGAGUUAUAUAAGCUUAAUACAGCUUUUCAAGAACAACUUUUGAAAGAAAAUGAUGAAACUAUUGAGCAAUGUGCAAAAGUGUACUUGGAUACUUUUGCUUGGUUGGAUAAAAAUGAUUACCCAUAUGUUUCUUUGAAAGAUGUCUUGGAUAUUACAAUGAAUCAACCUCUACCACAUUUAAGGAAAAUAUUGAUGGUCUACAUGUACAAAGAAGGAAGUGCCUUAACGAAACAAUUUAACUUUUUUCUUGAAUCUGGAGUGCUAAACAAGUACAAUCCACUUAUGAUACCAGUAUUCUGGAAUAUAUCUGAUGUGCGCUAUCACAAGGCCUUAAAAUUCGCAUGUCAACGAUACUUUGAACAAGACGUACUGGAGAAAACUGUUUCCAGCCAGGAGGGCGGCGUGUUUUUUUUCAUGCCGGAUGAACGCAGUAUUUGUUCGACUCCUAGAAUAUUCACGAAAAUAACCAGCUCCGACGAGUACACUGAGAUUUCAUAUUUGAUUGAAUCUCUGGAUUACAUUUUUAGUGAUUUUCAGGAAAUUAAUAAAAUCACUGAUUUUUAUGAAAUUGACGCAAUUGAUACAUAUCUUACGAAGAGUAACAAGUUGUUUACUAAAUAUAUUGUGCGCCGUUCUUUGCACGAUAUUGCCGAACUAUGUUUGCAAGUUCCGCGUAAAAUGUUAUUGUUGUACUUUUACAAAAGCGAAUCAAAAUUUCAAUCGACUUUGCCGAGAGUGAGACAUCUUUUGCACAAAGAGCAAGUGAUUUUUUUGCCCUGGGAUAUUACUAACAAUGCGCACAAUGAACAUUUGAUUCGAGCACUGCAGAGAGCGUUUGGUUUGAAAAAGAUUGAACAGAUUUUGAAAGCGCAAAAAAGUGCCUUGUUUAUGUUUCUGCCAAUCGGCAACACUCUUGUAUUGCAUUCAGUAUUGGAAGAUGAUUCAAGCGUUUCCGAAAUUGAGAAGGCCUACAAAGCUUCGCACAAAUUCCUUAUGUUGGAGAGUGAGUUAAAUGAUGAGAUUGAAAGUGAUGCAGGGCCAGCUGCUUAUCAGCAAGUAAUGUGUGAUCAGCUUGGGGACCGUGAUUUCGACUGCUUCCAACUUGAACGUGGUGAAGACAAGGAACUAAAAUCGAAAAUAGGUUUUGCUUAUUUUGGACCACCUAAUGAUGAGAAGGGCUAUGACAAAAAUCAAGACAAACAGAUAAAUACAGCAUAUAAAAAGAUACUAUCAGAAGCUGCAAAACUUGGGGAAAAUGAUAAAAUGCUCUAUAUUAGUUUUAUGCGCGUGUGCAUAAUGCCUUUACCCGAUGAAAAGCACAAAAAGAUGGAGAAAGAUGUCACGUACCAACCAGCGUUGGAUUUCAAUGCGCUACCACUUUUUGGAAUUCGCAAAUGCUUUAAUUGUCCAGCAAGUAACUCGGCUUGCCGAAAGUACAUUGAUCAUAUCGGACGCACAUACGAAACCUGGGAGCACUUCCUCGAGGACAACAAGUAUCCCAAGGUAAUGCUGAUCGCUCCAAAGAACGGAAAAUACACGUGCGAUUAUCGCGGACAUGUGCAACUAGAAGUCUGCAUGUCUCCUGCAUGCGGUAUUGGCGUAGCCGUCUUGAAAGGUUUCGACAUUGGUGUUGGUAUUGCCGGUGGUGUAGUGGGCGUCGUUGGGGUCGCUACAUCAUUUAUAGCAUUACCUGUGCUACCCUUUGUUGCCAUGGGUGCUGGUGUCGGCGUGGGCAUCUAUAGUAUUGUACGCAGCGGAAUGAUUCUGGCUGAUCGGGUAAAACAUGGCGAAUCGAUGAGUUUGAGUUCAGCAGAAGCACGCGGCGCAUAUUUGAACAUUCUCGCUGGUUCUUUAGGUUUCACUACAGCUGGAGCAAGUUUUGCUUUAUCGUACGCGGCGCGUUCUGGAGUUAAUAUUGGCAUGGGCGCUCGUGCCGUAAUGAAUGGCAUUACCAUAGCGAAUUUAACCGCUGGCGGCGCGGCACUUACAAACUCCGCGUACGAUGUCAUCAUUCAAUGGUCGGAAGAUGGCCGUCCCAAUGCCCUAGCAUUGGUGCAACUUUCAUCAUCAGUGUUAUUCUUCGGACAUGCCGUGUACAAUACGCAAUUUGCUGGUACAAUUGUCCGCAAUGCACAGGCGACGUCGAUUAAUGAAAUCCUCGAUUCCUUAUCGAGCAAUCGUCAGCGCAAAACUGUUCUACGACUGAUUAACUCUACAGCUGACCAGGUCGGUAGUACAUCAGCCGCAAACGCCGAAGUUAUAAGGUACAUGCGCAACAUCGAUAAUAUCCAGGAAGUCGUCGGUGUCUUAACGCGUGAUACACGCAUGAUGAGUCGUAAUGGGGUGCGGUAUUCGGUUGAAAACCAAAAGAUUGUUUUCAACGGGGUCGAAAUGAACGUAUCCGAGUUUGGCAACAUGUCCAAACUACAACGAAGCGAUUUGAUUACAUCCAUCUCGGGUGAUUCAAGCGCAGUGCGUCAGCCCGGCUCACCAGUCAAAGUCAGCAAGACGAACUUCCUCACAAUCGAGAGGAUUCUCGAUACGUACAGAACCGCAUCUCCGUUUAUGAAACUUAUGUUAGAGAAAAACACGACGAUGGAAAAACUGAACGAAUUAAUUAACGUCUUCAGCCCUUAUAUUCAACGACAAUUAUUGAUGAUCAUGGGGAAGUUUCUGAAUAGCAUCGGCCAUAAUAGCAACAAAUUAUUUUGUUCGCUAAGUAGUCUUUACCCUGCGGUUCAGUUGCCACUGCGUGUGAUGGAUAUUAUAAUACAAUUCUAUAAAGGCGCUGUUGAUGAAAAAACGAAGGAAUCAAUGCCUACAAUUGAUUUUAUCAUAAAAUCUAUGGAGAAGAUUAUUAUCAUCAGCAGCAUGUCCAUGGCAGGGUUACUCGUAGAACUCACAACGUUUUGCAGUAAGUGGGUGGUGCAAGCGAUGAUAAAACUUGAAACCGACGCGGACCUCAAUGGCGCGACUUCAACGAGAGCAAUCAAGCAUUGUGAUAGAUGCAACGGGAAUUAUUAUCAAAGUUAACGCUUUAACAAGUUAUUUUUAUUCUUCAACUGACUGCUUUUAAUUCAUUUUUAAAGUGUUAGUGUUUUUACAGUAUAAAUAUUGUUAGAUAUAUUUUUAUAGUAAAUUUGUAGGCGAAAUAAAAAAAAACAAGAAUCAAA